AUGGCAUAUGACAUCAGCAGUGGUGACGGCAUCGAUGACGUCACUCUGAUCAGCAACUACUCCUGCCAGUCAUUGGUCACUUUGGUCAGAUCAGCCGGCAGUAUCGAGCCAAGAUCACUUCAUGAUUCUUGGUCUGCACCUGCUGUACUUGGUCAGGAUUGUCACCAGUUCUUGAUGCCACCAGUAGUGAGCAGCAAGCUUGAGGACCAGCUACCAUCUACGUCCUAUCCAAGGGACGUAAGGGUGUCAGCCAAGAGCUUCCUGGCCUACCAUCGAUCAAUCAACGAUAAGGAGAGCGAUGUCGAAUCAGUUGUAUCUGACAUCGAGCAAGGGAACGAUGAUAAUGGCGAUGCUGACAUCGAAUCCAACGAUGAUCUCAUCACGGACUCGCUCACUAGUCUUGUGUAUUACGAUAGUGAAUGCGACUUGUACAUUGUUGACAAUGAAACCGAGAUCGACAGCAAGGAUGACGUCGCAGAUUCCAGUGACGAUGAGAAUAGCUCACUGACAGACCAGACACCAUUGAUGAUCAUGGAGUAUCAUCAUGUUGACGUCAUCGAUGAAACGAUCACGGAUGAAGAGGAUGAGAACACCUACAGCAUCUACUCCCCAUGUGGCUCAGAAAGGAAUUUUGAUGUCACCAGUGACGAUGGCAUAACGUCACAAAUUGUUGAGGUCGACGUCUUCAUUGGGAAGAUCCUGGCUGUCUUUGUGACCUUCCUAAUCUGGGCCUUCAUCCGUUCAUCGUUCUAUGGCAUCUACCAGCGCGGUGUCCAGUUCAUCCACGACCUCGUGACGGUGGAAGAGGAAAGAGCCGUGGUCGUGCAUGGGGAAACAGAAGAUCGCACUCCCCAAGAAAAAUAG